AUUAUCUUGGUAGAAUCUCUUUGCUCAUUGCUUUCCCGUCAAUUGGUUCUUCGAUGGACGACGAAUCAUCUAGCUCUGUUACAGAGACAUUGGUGGACAUCUUGCUAUGCUCAGUUCCUCCUAUCAUGGUCGGGCUUUUGAUUGGCUGGUCUUGGCGUCCGAGGUGGACCGGUUUGGUUUAUCUAGGUCUCCGUUCUAAGCUCCGUUUUCUAUGCACUGUUCCGCCCGGUUUCGGAGCUCGCCGUGUUUGGCUUGCUUUCACCGCUCUCUCACUGUGUCGCACUUUAUGGUCAAGGCUCGGUUCGAGUGACAAGAAACCAGAAGAUAGUGGUGAAACACAAGCUAUCUCAAGGGUUAGUGAUAAAGAAGAUAGAGAGAAAGAGCAGGAGAUUGUGAGAGAGAAGGAUCUAGAGCAUUUGCUGCAUCUGCUUGAAGCUGAAAAUGCUAAUAUGGAGUGGCAAUCUAUGAUGGACAAGUCUACUCCCAAUAUGAACUACCAGGCGUGGCGCCAUGAGCCUAAGACAGGGCCUGUUGUUUAUCGUAGUCGGACUGUUUUUGAGGACGCAACUCCAGACAUUGUUAGGGAUUUCUUCUGGGACGACGAGUUUCGACCUAAAUGGGAUCCUAUGCUUGCUUACUUCAAAACAUUGGAGGAAGAUCCUCAGACAGGAACAACUAUUGUUCACUGGAUUAAAAAGUUUCCGUUUUUCUGUAGUGACCGGGAAUACAUCAUUGGCCGGAGAAUAUGGGAAUCUGGAAACAAGUAUUAUGCUGUGACUAAGGGAGUACCGUAUCCAGCUCUACCAAAGCGUGAUAAACCGAGGCGAGUUGAGAUUUAUUUCUCGAGUUGGAUCAUCAAAGCGGUUGAAUCUCGAAAAGGGGAUGGACAAAUGUCAGCCUGUGAAGUCUCUCUUGUCCACUGCGAAGACAUGGGAAUCCCAAAAGACGUAGCAAAGUUGGGAGUCCGUCAUGGCAUGUGGGGAGCCGUCAAAAAGCUAAACUCCGGGUUAAGGUCUUACCAAACCGCUAGAAAAGCAGGGGCGGCUCUGUCAAGGAGCGCGCAAAUUGCGAGAAUCACUACGAAACUGAACAUGGAUGUGGCUGAAACAUCGAGGGUAGAUGAAGAAGAGAGAGGGAGAGACAUGGAGAACGCAAGGAGACCAAAGGAUCAGUUCAGUGUAGAUUGGAAGUUGAUCGUUGUAGGAGGAGUUGCACUGGCGUGUGGGCUUCAUUCAAGUGCUAUUGGCAAGGCCUUAAUGUUUGGAGCUGGGCAGAGACUUGCUCGUAGGUGAAAUCAUUGUCACAAUUUAGUUAUAUGCAUUCAUGCAUGGGUUGCAAAGAAAAAUAAUUUAGUUAUAUGCAUUCAUUUAUGGCUAAUGUUUUUUUCUUGCAACUACUUGAGAAGAGCAUAUCUAUCGUUGCAGGCA